CCGCCUUGGCCUCACAAAGUGCUGGAAUUACAGGUGUGAGCCACAGUGCCCUGCCACAAACACUCUUCUUUUGUCUCCACAGUUCUGUGAGAUUGCCUGAAGCUCCGCUGCUAUCCUUACAGGUGGUCCUUUCUUUGGCUUCCUCAAGAAACAGCAAAACAGCAAUGCCUGGAAUUGUUGGCUGCCUUCAUAGCUAUCUGAUACUUUGUAACGGAGGCAUGUUUGUGUGGUGUAUGGGUGUGUAUGUGUUUAAAAAUCUGCUUUUCUCAUUCUUAAUAGAAGCUGAGGUCUGCUAUAAGCUACUUACAUCUGGAGGCAGAAGUCUAUGUACUUCUUAAACAGUUCAGUAUAAUUUAAGUGAUCAUUGUCAUCAUGUUGGUUAAGAUGCUUGAAUUAGGGAUUCUGCCUCUUAAGAGAUCUAAUAGGAUUGCAUGGUCUCUCCAAAAAAUCUUUUAAAAACACGUUUUUUUAUUCAUCAUUUAUUCUUACUUUUUAAAAAGCCCAAAAGAGAGAGUAGCCUCUGCCCCAUAUUAACUUCCUAUGAAUAAUAGUUUUUAUUGUUUAGGACUUUGAACUUUCCAGAAUGUUUUUACCUAUAAUAUUCACCCCACAAAUAUAGAUUGUAUGACUUUUAUAUCAUUUUAAAAAGAUUUUUAUUUUUUUUUUGAGGCAGGGUCUUGCUCUGCCACCCAGGCUGGAGUUCAAUGGUGCGACCACAGCUCACUGCAGCCUCCAUUUCCUGGGCUGAAUGAUCCUCCUGCCUUGGCCCCCCAAAGCUUCCCAAAGGCUAGGGCACUCUGCCGAUAUAUCCUUGUUUUAUAGAUGGUGAAACCAAGAAACAUACUAAGUAAAUGGCUUAAAAUCACAAUCUAAUUUUAGGCAGGAAUAACUGAAAUCAGGCUUUCCAACUCCUAGCCCUUUCCAGUACUUUAAAGUGACCUUGAUUCAACUGUGUAUACAUCGUGGACCUGUAGUCACAGCCGUAAGUUUAACUUUACAAUAUUGCUUGUAUCGUUAACUCUGUAAUUUUCUAUGAAGGAUCUUUCCAGUGGAGUGGGAAAUGUGUGCGUCCUCUGUGAGGCAAACCUACAUGCACUUGGGCAGGUGCACAGGUGGACCUAUAUUUUCAGCCUACCCAUUCAGUCUGAAUAGGAAGGAAUCAUUGUAGUCUGAUUCCUGGGUGCAGAGCAAUACUGUACACAUCCUGGUGUGGUUGUUGGCAUCUUAAACAGUGUUCCCAUGCAGGUAAGUGACAUGAAAAAUACGUGGCCUUCAUUUCCUGGUAUAUCAUAGCCACGGAGUCUUAGAAUAUUUCUUAGCAUCCAAGUUAAAAGCUGGAUCACACCCUCCAAAUAUUCAUUGCUCACUUCCGGGAGUGGGUUGUACUCACUUCUAGCUCUGUUCAUGAGACACUUAAGUGGGAUAUUCCUAGCCUUCUGCCCACUUAUAUACCUGGAAUACAGUUCCGGGCAUUCCAGCCUCACUGCUGUAUAACCAGAGGCACGGAAGCUGCAGCUGUCAGGAUCUUAAUCCCUUCUGCUUGGACUCGUUACCAGUAUGUACAGUAGUAAACUGUGUGCUUUGGUGCUAGCCCUUCAGUCACUACCAGAGGUCUCAGCAGCAAAAACAAAAAUUGUGGAUGAUGUGUUUUAAUCUUCUAGAAACUCAGCUAAUAGUUUUCAGGAAAUGAUAAAGAAAACAUCAAUGUAUCACCAACCAUCCUUUCAUUACUUGGACUCAGAAGCUCAAGAAGAGACCAGAGAAGACUAUGAUGACAAGCAGGUGGUCACAGAGAUCAUGGCAAGAUGUUUUAUUCCGACUGUGAUAACAAAUAUUUCCUGGGAAAUCUUUCAUUUUAUUGGUCAUGAGAUUCGAAUUACUGAGGCCAUGGAUUGUUAUGGUGCUGUUGUUUGGCCAUCGGCCCUUGUUCUAUGCUAUUUCCUGGAAACAAAUGCAAAGCAGUAUAAUAUGGUGGACAAAAACGUGAUUGAAAUUGGAGCUGGAACAGGGCUAGUCUCCAUUGUGGCAAGUUUACUUGGUGCUCAUGUGACGGCCACAGAUUUACCCGAAUUACUUGGAAACCUGCAAUAUAAUAUUUCCCGAAACACAAAAAUGAAAAGCAAGCAUUUGCCGCAGGUUAAAGAACUCUCCUGGGGCGUAGCGUUAGAUACAAGCUUCCCCAGAUCUUCUAAUAAUUUUGACUAUGUUUUGGCAGCAGACGUGGUCUACGCUCAUCCGUUCUUGGAAGAGCUCCUCAUUACCUUUGACCAUCUGUGCAAAGAAACCACCAUCAUCCUCUGGGCCAUGAAAUUCAGGCUGGAGAAGGAAAAUAAAUUUGUAGAUAGAUUUAAGGAGUUGUUUGACCUGGAGGAAAUUUCCAGUUUCCCCAGCCUGAAUAUUAAGUUGUAUAAAGCUGUGAAGAAAAGCCAGAGGAGGAUAUGACAUCCUCGAUGAGGACAUGGAAAUGCUAAGGCAAUUUUUAGCAGAUAAUCACUUUAAAGAAAACCCUGCAUAAUCUCCUGUGCCACUGAGAUUCCCAAGGAGAAAUACACAGACACACAUGCACACACAUACCCCACUAUGAGAAUAGAAGAUAGUUUCACAAAUUUGCCUCACCUUGGGCAGUAAUUUUUCCAUAUACUGCACGUGAGUCUGUAGGACUAGUUUGUCCCUGUCAGCACCCAGGCCGUGAACCUGCUUUCCAUUCAUGCGGUAAUAGGAGCUCUUGGCAAAGUCACACCGUGUCAUCAUUGUCUGCUCUCAUUCCUUACAUCACAAUUUAUUAUUUUAAUCAAUGGUGCAAUUAUUAUUUUUAAUGUAUAAUCACAAAAUGAUAGUUUUUAAUAUCUCUUCAGUGAACAUUGUUAUAAUUCUUUUAAACAUAAGCUUAUGUGAUUCUUUCUUUAGAAAUGAGGAAAUUGACUACAGUGGUAUCUGCAAAUAAAUCUGAACAGGCAGAUACAUAGUAUAAUGGUAAA